AUGGAUGAGUCAUGGAAGAUGCGAAUUGGAAUGGGAAUGCCGACCAAUAAACCAAACCUUCCUCGCAGAAAAUCAACCGAAGAAACGNAGAGAGCGCUAUAUAUACUCAAAUACUUACAAUCCGAUUCACUGUUCAGUGCUUACCACCUUGUCUACUUUGCAGCAAAACUCUCCGGCGAGACUCACCGGAAAAUGGAUGAGUCAUGGAAGAUGCGAAAUGGAAUGGGAAUGCCGACCAAUAAACCAAACCUUCCUCGCAGAAAAUCAACCGAAGAAACCUCUCACCGAUCCAUUUUCAACAACUCCGACUCGCUGGACCCUGAGGAUUUCAACGACGUCUUCGGAGGCCCACCGAAAACCGUACUCUGCCGCCAAUUUUCCGGUGGUGACUUCUCAAGAUCGUCAAAUGGUUCAUUCUACGAGGAAGUUUUCCGGACGACGGAAAAUGUGGCUCAGAUAAAAAACGGCCGCAGCUUGCCGGAGUUUAGAAUUCCGGCGAGUGGAAAUAAUCGGAGGAGCCAAGAGUUUUAUAAGGAUAUAUUUCGGUCGGACGGCGAUGUCCGGAGUUCGAUGUCGAGGUCGAAAUCGACGAAGACGAGUUCAUCGUCGGUGUUGAGUUCCGAAGAGUUGAGUCCGCUACGGCCUGUGAUCGGAGAAAACGACGACGUUUUGUUCUCUUCCUUCGCUUCGAAGCUCAGUGCUUACCGCCUUGUCUACUUUGCAGCAAAACUCUCCGGCGAGACUCACCGGAAAAUGGAUGAGUCAUGGAAGAUGCGAAUUGGAAUGGGAAUGCCGACCAAUAAACCAAACCUUCCUCGCAGAAAAUCAACCGAAGAAACGUCUCACCGAUCCAUUUUCAACAACUCCGACUCGCUGGACCCUGAGGAUUUCAACGACGUCUUCGGAGGCCCACCGAAAACCGUACUCUGCCGCCAAUUUUCCGGUGGUGACUUCUCAAGAUCGUCAAAUGGUUCAUUCUACGAGGAAGUUUUCCGGCCGACGGAAAAUGUGGCUCAGAUAAAAAACGGCCGCAGCUUGCCGGAGUUUAGAAUUCCGGCGAGUGGAAAUAAUCGGAGGAGCCAAGAGUUUUAUAAGGAUAUAUUUCGGUCGGACGGCGAUGUCCGGAGUUCGAUGUCGAGGUCGAAAUCGACGAAGACGAGUUCAUCGUCGGUGUUGAGUUCCGAAGAGUUGAGUCCGCUACGGCCUGUGAUCGGAGAAAACGACGACGUUUUGUUCUCUUCCUUCGCUUCGAAGCUCAGUGCUUACCGCCUUGUCUACUUUGCAGCAAAACUCUCCGGCGAGACUCACCGGAAAAUGGAUGAGUCAUGGAAGAUGCGAAUUGGAAUGGGAAUGCCGACCAAUAAACCAAACCUUCCUCGCAGAAAAUCAACCGAAGAAACGUCUCACCGAUCCAUUUUCAACAACUCCGACUCGCUGGACCCUGAGGAUUUCAACGACGUCUUCGGAGGCCCACCGAAAACCGUACUCUGCCGCCAAUUUUCCGGUGGUGACUUCUCAAGAUCGUCAAAUGGUUCAUUCUACGAGGAAGUUUUCCGGCCGACGGAAAAUGUGGCUCAGAUAAAAAACGGCCGCAGCUUGCCGGAGUUUAGAAUUCCGGCGAGUGGAAAUAAUCGGAGGAGCCAAGAGUUUUAUAAGGAUAUAUUUCGGUCGGACGGCGAUGUCCGGAGUUCGAUGUCGAGGUCGAAAUCGACGAAGACGAGUUCAUCGUCGGUGUUGAGUUCCGAAGAGUUGAGUCCGCUACGGCCUGUGAUCGGAGAAAACGACGACGUUUUGUUCUCUUCCUUCGCUUCGAAGCUCAGGCCAAUAAAUGUUCCAUGUAGAUGGAACUCAUCAACUAUGAUGCACGUCGAACACCCAAGUGAACAGGGUGUACCAGCUUUUCCAAGCAAUUGUCCUUCAUACAUCGAAAAAGAGUGCAAUGAGAAUUUUAGGAAUUCCCACUUUGGAUUGUCUCGGCAGGUGCCAUCCCCUGAGACCAUUAGUCUAGAACCCUAUGCAUAUGGCAGUGUCAAAGUGUCCAUUGAAGACUUCGAACUCAACUCCCCUUCAUCUGUAGUGUCUUCACUUUGCCAAGACCAAGAGGAAAAAACAGGCAUAGUUCAAGAUAAAGAGUUGCAAGAACAAUGCACAGAGCUAGAAGAAGAUGAAGAAAUGAGCUCUUAUGUUAUUGAGAUUAAUUCUGACCAUAGGACAGGAACGGGUGAAGCACUUGGCGUAGAUGAAGCAAUUGCGUGGGCCAAAGAGAAAUUUCAAACACAAAGUUCGGAGAAAGACUGGAACGUGAGAGAAGAUGAAAAGGAGCAGUCUGUGGAAAUGGAAGAUAGGCCUAAUGCUCAGCAGUUUUCAGAUGACCAGAUUGACAGUAAUGGAUCAAUGCCAUCUCCAGCGAUGGAAAUGGAAGUAUUGGAUGAAGAUAUAAGGUUGUGGUCAGCUGGCAAGGAAGCAAACAUCCGGUUGCUGAUCUCAACUCUGCAUCAUAUUCUCUGGCCAAAUAGUGGCUGGUAUCCUCUCUCUCUCACAAACCUCAUAGAAAGCUCACAUGUGAAGAAAGCUUAUCAGAAAGCAAGGCUAUGUCUGCACCCAGACAAACUGCAACAAAGAGGUGCAACACUCCCACAAAAAUAUGUUGCAGAGAAGGCAUUUUCGAUCCUCCAGGAUGCUUGGGCUGCAUUUAUCUCCCAAGAUGUCUUCUUUAGCUAGAGGAUGGUUGGCCCAGUCGAAAGUUUUGCAACUCAAACAGGAAGCACAUCUAGAGACAUUCAAUGGAAAGGGCCAUGUUUGAGACUAGGACUAUGCACCGAGGUUUGCUCAUUGUUUAACAGAUGCAUCAGGUUAUGCAAGUUAUGUUUCAUAUUUGGGGUGUUCAAUUCAAUCUAAUGAGUACGCCGACAUCUUCUUCUCCGGGAUGGUCAUGAUGAGCUAUGAGAUGAUCAUGAUGGUGCCUUGUGGUUAAUUCUUUUUUCUUU